GGGAAAUGGUCCAACAUAAUUCUUCUUUAUUCAUCAAUAUUAAGUUAAAUGUAGUGAUUAAAGUAUUUAGAACAAUUCUAUGACUGGAGUUUGGAUAUGUCUAUAUUAUGUCAGGAAGGAUAAUUGCUGUCAAGUUACUGACGAUUUGAAGACAUGCUGAAUCUCAGUGCACAUGUAUAUCUCAGGGGAUUUACUUGUAUUUAUGGGUGACCACAAUUGAGUAACAUCGAAAUCGAUUCUAGGUUUUGUUAUUUCCGUCAAUUUACACACAGAAAACUUCAACGAUCACGACGGCAGGUAAAUCGCAAUUGAUUUCUAAGCUGUCUGUGGUGACAACUUCGUUCUAGCCUAUGGUGUUACCCAACCAGGUUUAUAGAUCCUUAAUUUUGAAAAUAGUAGUAGAGUUGAGACUUGCGUUCAGCACUAAAAGUGUUCCUAAACACAAUAAUGCGUAAUUAUACAUAGGUUUUAGUUAUUACAUAGCGAUCUAGCGUGUAAAUGAAUAAACAAAAUUGUUUUUAUUAUAAUCGAAUCGGAGGAGUUCUUCUAACAUGAUCUUUUCCCUCAAUGGACUGAAACCACUGAGAACGUGAAGCUAUGGCUGUUUGCUUGGAUAUCAUACAGGACUUCAAAAGGAGCGAGCAUUUGCCUUCUAUCAAAGUCUUCCGCUGACCAGCCGAGGAAUGAUGCAGUUGGGUGGCUAACUUUACUAUUUAGUGGACAAUAAAAAUGGUUUUUAAGAUUCUUUGUCAAUGACCUUUUAAAUAUUGCGUUAUUAUAGUUUUGUUGUCGUUUUGAAUUUAAUAUUUAAGUUUGUUAACGUUUUAAAGCCCACGCACACAGAGAACGUCAGGAGUUCCGAGGUCUGGGUUCAGCGUUAAUUAGAAUAUACCGAGUCUAUAACAACAACGCACACAUAGGGCAGUCUGACCGCGGCGGUCAAAGCAGAACGUCGCUUUCCAAGAGUUCUUUUCCCGCCAAGACAGGGAACGCCUGGAACGCCGCGAUGUCUAAAUUUGCAAACACGGAAAAGUUGAUUGAAUUGUCAUGCCGGAAGUUAAAAUAGAAGAAGCGAAGAGAUUUAUGGUUGAAGCUUUGCGGGCUGCAGGAGCCCCUCUCAAAGAAGCCGAGGCUCAUUCAGAACUACUCCUGCAUGCUGAUAUCGUCGGACACUAUAGCCAUGGAAUGAACAGACUAGAGCUCUACCUAAACGAUAUGAAGUCGGGUGUUUGUGAUGCGAACGCCAAGCAGGUAAUACUCAAGGAGACAGCUUCAACAGCCUGGGUCGAUGGAUGUAGAGCACUCGGGGCCACUGUUGGCAACUUCUGUAUGAGCCUCGCCAUCAAGAAAUCUAAGGAGUGUGGUGUAGGAAUAGUAGCGGUCAAAAACUGUAAUCACUAUGGCAUGGCGGGCUAUUGGGCGCUAAGAGCUGAGAAGGAAGGUCUUAUCGGAAUGUCAUUUACAAAUUCAUCUCCCGUCAUGGUACCAACGAGAGCAAAAAAGGGUGCAUUAGGCACUAAUCCAAUAGCAUUCGCGGCGCCUGCGUCAGGAGGUGAUUCUCUCGUCGUGGACAUGGCUAGCACCACUGCCGCUAUGGGAAAGAUAGAAAUGCAAAUUCGUAAAGGAGAUCCGAUUCCAGAAGGUUGGGCUUUAGGUGCUGACGGUAAAACAACAACGGAUCCGCAAGAGGCCUUCGACACAGGUCGUUUGUUGCCUCUCGGAGGUUUUGAGGCAACCAGCGGUUAUAAGGGAUAUGCGCUGAGUGCAAUGGUCGAGGUUCUAUGCAGCGGACUGUCUGGAUCCAACGCCGCAUACAACGUCCCUCCGUGGACCCACACUCAGACGAAGUCUCCCAAUCUCGGUCAAUGCUUCGUGGCGCUCGACCCCUCGUGCUUCGCCCCCGGUUUUGGCGACCGACUUGGUCAUUGUUUGAACCACUGGAGGGAGAUGGAACCCAUGGAUCCCGCAUCACCAGUUCUAGCACCGGGAGACAAGGAAAAAAUAAACGCAAGUACAACAUAUGAAAGAGGCACCAUUGUGUACCCACAGCAGCAGAUAGACUCGUACGGAAUAGUUGCCGAAAGAAUGGGAAUACGAGCGAUGGAAAUUCUUAACAGUUAAAUGUCAAUAAAACAAUUAAAUUUUAAAUUUGUCUCAAAAA